CCACCUUGAGUCGUCGAGAACUUUGCUUCGACUUUUCGGCGAAAUGUCAUCGGGCGAUUCGUCGCUCAACAGCAAAGGCGCAAAGCCCCCCGGCGGCGGCGGCGGCGGUGGUGGUGGUACACAGACUGGCCCACAGCCGAAGCCUGCGGUGCCGACGACGUCUGUGCCUUUGACGCCGGCUACAGCGGCUGAUGUGUCGCACCCGCCCAUCAAUCGACGAACCACGACGCCCCUGCCGGGCCUCAGCACGACUGCCUCGUCAAUCCGCCGCAACCGACGCUCAGAGAACCGCUCGUACAGCGGUGGAGUUGGGGGGAGGUCCGCAUCUGCCGGCUCCAACGUGGGCAGAUCGUCUUUGCGCCGCGUGCAGUCCUACCACGGUGAAGACGAUGUUGACGAUGACGACGACGACGAUGAUGAUGUCGACGAUCUUGUGGAUGGGCCGGGCGAUGCGGCGCGACAGCUCGAGGAGUUAAGAGCGGGCAUCAUCAUGCCGGGAAUGGGUGGGAAUAGGCUUGCUGCUGCCACGCCUGAGCAGGCAACGCAGCAGCAGCAACAAUUACAACGGCAGCAACAGCAGCAGCACUUGCAACAACAACAACAACAACAACAACAGCAGCAGCAGCAAAGAGAUCACGCGGCCUCGCUCCGCCAGCAAGUCGCUCUGGCUAAUCAAGUCAGGUCGAGGGUCCCCGCUACGCUCAAGGCGAGCCUCAUCAAGCGUCCGCCUGGAGCGAGUGGGGGUGCGACGACGCCCGGAGGUGGCUCUUCGGCUGCCUCGUCUGUCGCUUCGCAAAAGACUGCAGGUUCCUCUUCGGCCUCUUCAUCUUCUUCGUCGACGGUGGCGGCUGCGAAGGGGGCGGGUGCCGGAAACAGGUACAAGGGCACGCCGGCGAGGACGACCAGGUAUUCGCUGCCUGUUCGAGCCGAGAAGCCGAUCCGGACGAGCAAGACGUCUGGCAAACACAUUGUCCUGCCGAGCGAGAGCCAGUUGGCGCCUUUGCCCGACGAGGAGGAAGAAGAGGAAGACGAUGAUGACGACGAUGAUGAUGAGGAAGAAGAGGAAGAAGAAGAGGAAACGGACGCCGAAGAGGCCGAGGCUGCUGAUGACGAGGAGGCCGACCAAGCGCUCGAUGACGAAGAGCGAGAGCAGAGAAGACAGAGGAAGGAGGCAGCUCGUCUGCAACAGAAGAAGGCCGAACCAACGAAGAAGAAGUCGGCCAUGGCCCCCACGUCUGGCUUCCAGCAGCAGCAGGGCACCGAGGGCUACCGCGUCAAGUUCCGCGACGAUGAAGAAAAGGCUCGACACGGUUUACCAUCGCCGCGGGCGACGGGGCUACCUGCGGUGCGUGGGCCUGCGCAUGCUCGGGCGCCACCCCGCGUGCCCAAGUCGACUGGACCUGCCUACCAUACGUUUGAAAGGCUGGCCCCAUCAGCGAGGAUGCACACACCUCUACCCCGCCUGACGGCCUACGCCAUUGCACCGUCAAUUCACAUUCCUACGCUCAUCGGCUUUCUGAGGAGGGAGCACGGCGUGCGGCCAAGGCUGUACGACGAGUGCGCCUACGUCGUCUACUUCAAGCCGCUUCUGCCUGGCUUUGGUCGCGCAGAAGUCAGAAGCGCACCAGAGCCGAUGGGCGGUGGCGGACCAGGCCACGAGUCGAGGAGAGAGCGUGAGAUUGUAGAGAGAGAGGAGAGCGGGUACGUGGGUAGCUACUUUGCGGCGAAGAAGGAGGACGACGAGGAGCACAUCGACGACCAGGGCUAUAUCAAGGGCGGCGAGGGCGAGGGAGACGGCGAGAACGGAAAGAGCCAGGGUGGCAACGGUGGGGCAUCGUCGGGCGGUGGCGGAGAUAAGUCGGGUGAGCGAAAAGAUGGUGGCGAGGUCACAGAGACAGAGGGCGAGACGGAGAGGGAGGAUGGCGGCAGCAGCAAGAGACGUGACUCUCGAGCAGAGGCGAGCGAGGCGAGCGAGACGGAGCUCGACAUUGAGACGGACAGGGAGCUGCUGCAGCGACGAUACAGCAGCAGCAGCAGUGCCGACAGUCAGCUCGACGAGCGACUGACAAAAGUCUCGGACGUCGAGGGUGAAGAAAGCGGCCUUGCCACGCCAAGGGCGCUCAAGCCGCAGCGUUCCCUCGACGAUGAGUUGGAAAGGCACCUGCGUGAAAAUAUUAGCGACUUUGAAGCUUCGUCGCCCCCCAGCCAUGGUCUCGAUGCUAAGGCUUCGUCCUCGUCCUCGUCGAAUUCUUCUUCGCCGGCGGCUAUGAAGCAAGGAGAAGGAAUCAUGUCAGCAGAUGUGGCUGGCGCCAUGGAUCUCCAGCAUCAGCAGCACCUCCAGGAGCAGGGCGAACAGAUGGACCUUCCACUACCGCAUGGAAUCACCUCCCAAGAGGCUAGCCCGACACUUGUGACUUCGUCACGCUGGGAGCAGGACAACAACGUGGGCCAAUCGCGAUCAAACGAGUCCAAGAACUGGGGCGAUUCCGAACAGAGUCAACAGCAGCGUCGAUCGGAUGGGUCCGGUGGCGCCGAGGGAGAGCGGUCCUCGAAGAGAAGAAGGCGAAUCGUGCGCAAGUCGAGGAGGAUGCCGAACAAGGCUUCGCACAAUCACGACACAAGUCCAAACAUGGCCACCUCACAGUCGAUUCUCGAGGCACUCCAGACGGCCGAGCUCAUCAUCCUUCCUUAUGGCGUGCUGGUCAUGUACAACCUCUCGUUGCAGGAGGAGCGGAGCAUCAUCAACGAUGUUCUCUCGUCUGGGUGCGUCCGCGGAGGCGCUCCCCUGCACGCUGCCGACGACGAGGAGACAGAGGCCUUCCACUUCUGCUACGAUCCCACCGUGCCGGCGCCGAGAAUCUUCAACGACUUUUUCACCUUCCGAGCCUCCAACCAUCUGCUCAAGCUGAGCCUGGCCCACGCCAUUGCCCAGAGCACCAAGCUGUCCGUCUUCGAGGAGUCGAUGCAGCGGACGCUCGAGCUCACGAGCCACAUUCCCAAGGAGCUGGCCUCAUCCGGCGAGCUCAAGCUCAAGCGGCGCGAGGCCCUCCGGCUCACGGGCCGCCUCUUCAAGCUCCGCGUCGACGUGAACCUCACCUCCAACGUCCUCGACACGCCAGAGCUGUUCUGGAGCGAGGCAAGCCUCAAGGCGCUGUACGAUGCCAUCCGAGAGUACCUCGAAAUCGACCAGCGCGUCGAGAACCUCAACGAGCGCCUGGCCGUGGGCAACGAUCUGCUCGAGGUCAUCCAUGACCACUUGGGAUCGCAGUCGAUGAACCAGAUGUGAGUGCC